UUUCUAUAAAAAAAUACUAUAAUACAUUUAUUUUACAUUUUCAAUUAUUUUAUUCCAAUUACUUACUUUUUUGGCCAGUGAUUCUGAUUUAUGGUACAAUUUUAAAUCUUUAUUGAGCAAACAUGUUAAUUAAUACAGUAAUCAGUGUUGUAUUCACAUAUGUUACAUUUACUUAUCGCAAACUUUCUCAAUUCUAACAUAAAAUAACCAUUAGAAUCCACUCUUAUAAAACUAACAGAUUAUCUUGAUCUUCAACUAAAAUGACAGGCUCGAAUCACCUAAUGUGGAAACUCAAGGCCAGCACAGGUCCAUUUAACGAGUUAAACACGGUAAAUCUGCCAUGCCAAGUAAGUGUAGUAAGAGAGAAAUUAAAAGUUCACUUUGGACUCUCAGAAUCAACACAUAUCGACUUCGUAGUAUACCUAGAAUCUGAUCCGGAUGUUGUUUUGUCAGACCAUUAUACACUAAAACCAGACUCUAGAGUGUAUACAAGAAGGUGCACAGCUGAAGAAGCAUCAUCACUGAUUUCAGAAGCCAAUUCGGUGUUCAUACCAGAUGACGUAGAAGGAGAAACAUUUGGGUUUGAAGAUGAAGGGGAUAUGGACGAGCUAUUCCACAUACCAGAAUCUGUACCUGAGGGUGUAAACGCCACAGGUGACAAGAUCGAUGAGGAAGAGUCGAGAAUUAGAGAGCUAAUUCAACAACAAAAGGUGCAUGAAAGUGGAAAACCACAAGUUCAACUUGAAUAUUACAAAAAGAUGGCUCAAAUGCCUCCACAAACCUAUCAAUCAGGUUUUCCUCUAGCAGGGCCUGGUCCUACGGGGUUUAUUCCAGGCUCAUAUGAUACCACUGACACUAGUUAUUUAAGCCAGAACUACAUCUGUCACAUGUGUGGACAAAAAGGUCAUAAUAUAAAGGACUGCACUAAUAUGGAUGGUAAGCGUCUUUCGAAGAAAAUAAGACCGUCCACUGGAAUACCGACAGACUUUCUGACUCCAAUACCUUCAUCGGAUGUUCCAAAAUACGAAGAAGUUUACAUUCUAAAAGAUGGUUCAUUUGCAAUUAUGCGGGAAAUCGAGUCAGUCUCAGGAGGCGCUUUCUUUACCAAGACAGUAGAUCAGAGAAUACAAACACAGCUUGGAAUAAGUGAAAAAGACUCACAAGCACUAUCUAAGGGAUUCAAGUGUACUAUAUGUUUAUGCUACUUCAAUAACCCAGUAACUACACUGUGCUGCGGAGAAACUUUCUGCCUUGAUUGCAUAAUAGGGAAGAAGAAUCCCGCUUUCAACACUAACAUUGUUUGUCCCACAUGUAGAAAAUCCAUUAAGAUGACUGAUCUACAAUCUAACACCUCACUGAAAAAGGCAGUUCAGUCGCUCAUACUUGGAAACGUUGAUGUAUUAAAGAACGUUAACAAUGAAAAAGAAACUAAAAUGGAGCCAGGAAAAGAGGAAAAGGUAGAAAAAUCAUGUGGGAUCAACGUAGAAAGAUUAAAGAGGCAGAAGUUAAUGGUUGAAAAAUAUCUAGCAAAGUAUCGCACAUAUCAAAAUGGAGCUUAGAAAUGUUUGUAAAGUCUGAUUUUAUAUAUGUAUAUGUUAUAUUUGGCGUCAAAUACAGAUGAAUUUAUGAAAUGUGAUAAUGUUAGUGAGUUGAGAUGUGUAAAAGUAAAUGUCAAAAACGAGAUAAAAAAAUAUGU